AUGUCGUUUAGCAGGCUAUUCCUCUUUUGGACCUCGAAUGUCCGAAUAUCCUCCGUGGAUCUGAAUUUUUCACCUGGUCAAGGAAGGGUAGGUUAUAGCACUGCCUCUGGCUUUGGAUCAAUUAGGCCGGAUGGACUUCCUAUCUCCGUUGACUGGAGAGAGGCGGGUGCUUUAACUGAAGUAUCCCACCAGGGUGACUGGUGCUUGCUGGGCUGUGAUGGUGGUUCCCCAUAUAAAGCCUUCGAAUACAUCAUAGCUAAUGGAGGACAAGUUCCGUAUGCGAGCUAUCCUUACCAGGGGUGUCAGAAUCAAGUCAUCAGACCUACAAAGCUUUGUGACGAGUCACAAUUGAUAACUUCUGCUGGGCUCGAAAUGUUGAUGAGAGGGUUCUAA